AUGCACUGGAAAGGCCUGCGGCUGGUCGCCGACAGCAGCUCCAAGCGCCAGAGCACCAUCGAUCCUCAUGCCCACCUCCAACCCCAGGCCCGCCGCAGUGAACACCUCCCACGUCCCUCCCCGCCGGCCACCGAACCCAGAUACUCCGAAUCGACCCCUCGCUCGCCGGGUCUCGUACCGUCCAGCGAAAAUCCUGAACUUGCAGGUCCCAGCAAUGCUGCGCGGGGGCUUCAGCUCCCUGGCGAACAGGGGCCGGCCCUGGACCAUAGGGUCGCCCGCACCGACUUCGCGGGCUCGGCGGGCGAUACCCCGAGUUUGCGGAGGAAUCGGUUUAGCUUCAUGAGACUUCGUCACGCCUCCGAUCCUCAGCUCUCCAAGAGUUAUGCAAAGGCCGAGGAAGCUCCCCCCGUCCCGUCCCUGCCACCCCCCAAGAUCAUCACCACCGCCCCGACCAGCAAUGAACUAGACCAACCGGUAAAGCAACGAAACAAAUUCAGCCUUCGACCGUCCUCACGCAAACAUUCGAUGGAGAACCUCUCCCGGAGUUCAGCGGAGCAAUCGAGAACAAGACUCGAUCGCAAGAAUCAGGGAUCAACCGACUCCCAGAUCGGGGAUUCGAGCCUCUCCACCUUUCAAUCGGCCACCGAGGUACCAGAGCGACUCUCAAUAAACUCGCGGUAUGGAAGUCGAGAACUGGAGUCACACCGAGUUUCCACGGCCGUGGAACCUCGAUACUCCGAGUCGUCGCGGUCAGACCAGAGCUAUGGAGACCAGGCGGCGACCUACCGUACCUAUCCACUGCGCGAUAAUCAGAGGCAGGGGCUUCACGCGACUACGUCGAACACGAAUACCAAACGAUUCCGCCUCCCCCGCCUGAAGCGCAACCGCAGUCCUUUAUUCCCUCUACCUCCUAAACCCGUCCCCAAUCGUGCCCUCGACGCCGCGCCCAAGUUCCCCGCAGCAGACACGCCCAAGUCCGACGGCUCGGAUGAUCACGACCAAGUCUCGCCGCUUCCCUCGCCUUCUCGUUCCUCCGUGGGGUUGGCGUCCUCAGUCCCUCCGCAAUUGUUCCGCCACGACUCGACGAACUCGGCUCGCUCCGUCCGGUCUACCCCCUCUCACCAGGGACGUGGCCGAUCUUCUACCAUGGGGUCUGUGGCUGAGAAUCAGGACGAUCUAUCUCCAGUUCCCAACCUGGCAUCAUCCGGCCGUACCUCGACCUCGACCAGCGGGCGCAAGAGUUUCGGAGAUCUAUUCAAUAUUUCUCAGCGAUUACGCCAAAACUCUGAACCUCCAUUCCCUCGCAACGGCUCUCCAGGACUUGGCGGAUCGGCGACCCCGGUCUCAAAGCCAGACCUGCACCCGGUGCCCCCACGGGAAGAAAACGAUACGCCCGCAAGCUACCUCACAAAGCUGGAGGAAAACCUCCCCAAGGGAAUGAUUGCUGGUGUCCUUGCUCAGUCGGAUCAAGAUUUCUACAGGGUCGGGCUGCGGAAGUAUAUGCGAGGUUUCCACUACUUUGGAGACCCCAUUGACAUGUCUAUCCGCAAGCUUUUGAUGGAAGUGGAACUGCCAAAAGAAACUCAGCAGAUCGACCGCUUCUUGCAGGCUUUUGCCGACCGAUACCACGAGUGCAACCCGGACCAGGCAUAUUUCAUUGCUUUCUCCAUCUUGAUCCUGCACACAGAUGUUUUCAACAAAAACAACAAGAGGAAGAUGCAAAAGCCCGAUUAUGUGAAAAAUACCCGUGGAGAAGGCAUCUCUGACGACAUUCUCGAAUGCUUUUACGAGAACAUUUCAUACACCCCGUUCAUCCACGUCGAAGAUGCAGACUUGCGCGAUCGCACCCUCGCCAAGCCCCGUCGGGCUCUUUUUAAAACAGCCAGCUCUGAGCAUCUGUCCCGGAUGUCAAGAGAGCCUGUGGAUCCAUACGCGCUGAUUUUGGAAAACAAACUCGGCUCUUUGCGACCUAGCUUGAAAGAUGUGAUGGAUCUCGACGAUACGUACAAUCAUGUUGGAACCAAUGGCUGCGCAGAUAUCAACGACCUUCAUCAGGCUUUUACCAAGUCGGGAAUUUUGCAGAUCGUAUCUGCUCGUUCUCGGCCUGAUGCUUUCAUGCAAGGAGGGUUAGCCAAUUCCGCAGACUCGAAUCCUGGAUUAGUCGAUAUCAAAGUCGCCAAAGUUGGUCUGCUCUGGCGCAAGGACCCCAAGAAGAAGAGAGCUAGAUCCCCGUGGGCAGAAUGGGGCGCGGUUUUGACCUUUUCGCAACUUUACUUCUUCCGAAACGUCAACUGGGUCCGGAACCUGAUGGCUCAGAACGAUGCGUAUGUAAAAGGCGGGCGGAAGGGAACUCUCGUGUUUCGCCCUCCUCUGACCGAGUUCAAACCCGAUGGCAUCAUGUCUACCAACGACGCCGUGGCGCUUCUGGACUCUAGCUAUAAGAAGCACAAGUAUGCGUUCUCAUUUGUUCGACACAACUCCCUGGAAGAGAUUUUCCUUGCCCAGUCCGAACCUGAGAUGAACGACUGGAUUGCGAAACUCAAUUAUGCUGCAGCCUUCCGAACCACCGGUGUGCGUACUAAAGGUAUGAUCGCUACCAACUACGAGGGCCAACGGUAUCGAAAGAGCCAGCGAAUGAACUCGAUCUCCUCAGAGCAAUCACACCAGUCUCAUUCCACCGACAAGGAGCCACCUUCGCCCAGCAUUGACAAUGACAUUGUCGCAGAGAUCGUUGCGGCUCGCCGUGAAUUGAUGAACCACAAGAUUCGGGAGACGAACGAAAAGCUCUUUGUCACGCAGAGACAGCUCGAUGACCUUCUCCGCAAUGCACGUCACCUUCAGAUCCUGACGCCUGUCCAUGCACGUGCCCGCGAGGGGGUUAUCAUGGCGGCAGGCCGCAUGUCUGCCAAGCUCAAGUGGGUCAGACAAGACAUUUGGCGCAACAAAUGCUACAGAGAAGUACUCCUUCGGGACCUCGGAGAAGACGAGAGCAUCGUUCCGGAGCGAGCAGCAUCUGUUUCUGAUCAACCGUCGGUCUCGCUUCCUGCGCGGAUGCCUUCUGUCUCUGGACCGUCGGUGAUUUCUGAACCCAGCGUUCAACAGGCACCUAGCAUUGUCCAUACCGCAUCUAGCCAUGACACGGAGGAGCUAGCCACAGCCGCUGUUGACAGACUUCUCGACGCUGCUCUUCUGAAGCAGCCUUCCACUGAGGAUAUGCGCCGCCCAAGCAUUCCAGGAUCGACCACCUCAUCCGAUAUUGCUCGUGUGGGACGACCUCUGUCGAUCGCCAUGGCCUCCGAUCAUGGUAAAAAUUCCGACUCAGACGUGCAGCUUCAACGGGAGGCCUCUGUGCUCAGUCGGGGUAGCCGAUUCGAUGGUGCCAGUCUGGGAUCUCGAGGCUCGAAGCUCACUUCCCCUGCCAGUUACGAUGAUGGCGAGGAGCGUUUGUUGCGGGAGACAGGACUCUUGGACCUCAGCGGCUCACCUCCGCCUCGCAAACCGACUACGGUGCCGGAAACAGAGAGCGAAAGCAAACCAGAAGACCCGUCAGAAGUCGCCCAGGGUGAUAAACCGAGCCGUGUCCGCCGCAGUCUGCAUCGCUCCCUACGCGAGCCUCACCUACACGUGCAUCGCCAUCAUUCCCACACCCGCGGCAAGAAGAACCGUGGCUCUGUAGGCAGCAUCGGGCCGCUGUCAGACGAAGAGACCGGUCAAGAAGGUGGCGGUCUUUCGCGAAAGACCCCAAGUUUCACUGUUCAUGGCAAGAAGGCCUCGAUUGUCACAUUCGGAUCUGAAUGGCAGAACAUGUCUCCCGAGGAACGUCUCAAACUGCGCAAGCCUACUCCUCAUGACGAACCACGAGCCUCCGAACCCAACAUGGUGGCCAGUGGCGAGUCGGUGACCUCUGACAGUGCUCCGGGUGGCCGUCCUCUAUCCUUCCGCAGUGUCAGCACGACAACAGGAAUCAGCAUGCGGAGUGACGACGAGCCCGUUGACUUUUUCAAAGACGCACACGAAAACUUGCCCCGACCUUCCACCGAGGUUGACGUCGAUUUAGCUCCAGACCAAGUCGACCCUGACAAUACGCCGCGGCCCAGCUCUGGAGCUCCAGUCUACAGCAGCCACCUGGCCGCGCCGACCGACACGCCCUCUCCAUCCUCGACCUCCCUCGGCGAGCCCCCGUCGUCCGAGAACCUCCGCCAGCAAGCCGUAGGCGCCUAA